GAUUUAAUCUCGGUAGAUAUAUGCCAGUAAUCCGUGCGGCGAAAGAGAGAGAAGGGGGCGUUGCGUGUGGGCGACGAGGUGCGUAGGGUUUCGCCGAUCGGCCAACCGAGCGCCAGAGAAUCCGAGAAGCCAUCCUUCGUCGCUUGCGCCAGAUCGCGGUCGAUCAUGGGGAGAGGCAGGUUCAAGGCCAAGCCCACCGGCCGCAGGAACUUCUCCACGCCCGAAGAGAUGGUUGCUGGCUCUUCGGCUCGUCCUCGCACCUUUAAACAGGUGCAACAGGAGGAAGCUGAACAUAGUGAAGAGGAGGAAUCUGAGGAAAGUGGAGGGGAGACUGAAGAGACUGAGAAAAAAAAGGGCAUUCUUGACAUAAGCGAGAUUCAGAACCCAAACUUGGCAAAGCCUAAAAAUGUGAAAGCUAGAGCAGUUGAUGUUGAAAGCACUCCUGAACUCUCUCGACGUGAAAGGGAAGAGAUAGAGAGACAGAGAGCUCAUGAGCGAUACAUGAGGCUACAGGAACAAGGAAAAACAGAACAAGCACGAAAAGACUUGGAGCGCCUAGCAUUAAUACGACAACAAAGAGCUGAAGCUGCAAAAAAGCGAGAGGAAGAAAAAGCUGCCAAAGAACAGAAGAAGGCUGAAGCUCGCAAGUAACUAACUGUACUUGGUGUGCUUUUCUGGCUCUACGUUUCAUUUCCAGACGCAUCUGAUUGUAUUUUCUAGUAAGCUGCCGCAGGUUGUACUUUUGCUGCAUUAACCUUUCUUUAUUCGAUGUGCUUUCAACUGUCGGGAUUAAAAUUUGAAGCCGGUUAUUGGCGCAUACUUGGCUCUUGUGACAACAGAAUAUUAAAUAUAGUAUUGAACAAUAAUCUUUGAAUUGGCA